AAGUCCCAUUCGCUUUGAAGUACUAGAGAGUCAGGCAGGUGCAGACAUUAAUAAUGUCGUCCCUGGGCAGCGGCGAGUCGCGGCGCAGGGCCGAGAUCGAGGCAAAGCGGGCCAAGCUCGCAGAGCUCAAACGCGCUCGUGAGGAACGCACAUCUCGAUUGCUCGCAUCACGACCCGAAUCGAGAGCAGGUGAUGCUGGUUUGGGUGUGGGAGGGGGAACAGCCGUCAGCACGCCUAGUUCGCGAAAGGACCUCGACGACUUUGUCGCCACGCUCGUCGGAAGCUCGUCCGGACGUGCAUCGAUCGGAGGCGCGUCUUCCCUUGCUGGUGCCAGGAGCCCCGCUGGCGGUGCCCUUGGUCAUUCGAGUCCACGAAAGAGUGCGGCAAUCAGCGCUAGCAGCGAAUAUGGCGGAGAGAGUGAAGGGGUUGGACCUAGUGUGUAUGGGACCACAUUCGUUAAUCGGGCAGACGGAGAGGCGGAGAGGUCCGAGUACUUCCGGCCACCACCUGACUUCGUCCAUGUGGAGACAGAACUGUUCGAGCUUCCACCGCGAGAACGAUUAUACUAUACGAAAGAAGUACAGACAACUUCGAUCAACGCCUUUGCAGAUGACAACUUGGAUGCUGCAGGCGGCGUUGGCAGCGACAUUCGGAUAGGACCCGACGGAAAGCUGCAAGGGCUGACUCCGGCGCAGGAGCAGCUCAUCAGGCAGAACAUCAUCAAGGAGCAGGAGCUCGAAGAGGACGACCACGAGAAAGACAGGCGGCUACAGAAGGAAGAGGAGACGUUGGAACGGGAAAUCGAGGAGGAGAUCAAGACAUACACUCAGGAAGAACUGGCUGCCAUCUAUCAGUCUUCUGAAUUCCAAAAGUUUCUAGAAGCAUCGACUUUGAUCGCCGAGCGUGCACUGACAGACUCAUACGACUAUCUCAAGGACUACACCAAGGUCGGCCUUGCCCCUGGCGAAUCGGACAGCGAGCGAGGGCAGGUGCACUGCGUGCGAACAUUUUGGGAUGAAAAGCUCCUGAAGAACAGGAGCAUUACCGCGAUUGACUGGAGCACGCGACACCCCGAGCUGUGCGUGAGCAGCUACAACAAGAACCCACUCGCCAUAGAUGAGCCUGAUGGGCUUGUGGCAGUAUGGAACAUGCACUUGAAGGACCGCCCGGAAUUCGUAUUCCAUGCGCAGACGGAUGUGCUAUCCGUUUCCCUCUCCCCUUUCCACCCGAAUCUCGUUAUCGGCGGCACAUAUAGCGGGCAGAUUCUCAUGUGGGACACACGAGCGCGAGCGCUGCCGGUCCUCAAGACGCCGCUGUCUGCCUCUGGCCACACGCACCCCGUAUACAGCAUGCAGCUUGUCGGCACACAGAACGCACACAACCUUGUAUCAGCGUCCACCGAUGGUACAGUCUGUACGUGGAUGCUGGACAUGUUGGCGCAGCCGCAAGAGCUCAUCGAGCUGCAGAACCCGAACCAUCAGCGCACACCCGAAGUCAGCGUCACAACACUCUCGUUCCCAGGCCAGGAAACGAACACUUUCUGGAUCGGCACAGAAGAAGGGAACAUUUACAGCGCAGGGCGAUUUGACCGCGCAGGCAGCCGUGCGGGGCUCAACCUCUCCGAAGUUUAUGCCGGCCACGCCGCGCCGAUCACAGGCUUGCACUUUCAUCCCCUUGCGGGGCCGAUCGAUUUCUCAGACCUCUUCCUCUCCUCGAGCAUGGACUGGACCAGUCGGCUGUGGCGCGCAAAUACCAAUACGCGCUCCGUCUCAAGGUCGGCGGGAGGCACGGGCGUUGGCGGUGCCGCAGCUGCCAGCGGACUGCAAGUCACUACGCCGCUCGUCAACUUUGAAGAGUCGACCGAUUACCUCUAUGACAUCAAGUGGCACCCGUCCCAUCCUGCCGUCUUUGGUCAGGUCGACGGCGCAGGCUACUUUGAUAUUUAUGAUCUGAACAGUGACACAGAGCGUCCGAUCGUACGCCAGCAAGCAGGCAAUGGCCGCGCCCUCAAUAAGCUCGCGUGGGAUCGCAAAGAUGGCCGGCAUGCAGCUGUCGGCGGCGCUGAUGGGCGCUUGUACGUCUACGACAUCGGCGAGCUUGCCGCGCCAGCCGACGACGCGUGGUCCAAGAUGCAGGACACGGUCGCCAAAUUGUUGACCCCGAAUGCGGGCAAGACGGCCGGCACUUCUCCGACUAGUAGUGGGCCCAUGCGAUGACCGAAUUGUACAGUAGGACACGUUUUUGGAUCAUAUGCAAACCC